GCUAUGUGAAUGCGAUAGGCAUCUCGAGUAUUGCGAACAAAUAGAAACUUCGGAGAAAAGACGUAAUACUGCGGUGUCUUCGCGUAUGAUGAAUUUUAUUUUUUAUAAGCAGUUGAAUUGAUUGAAGAUUAAAUCAGUGUGGCACAUAUUGGAAUAAUCUCAAAGUGUGAUCAAUCUAGACACCAUGGCAUCAGGGCCUAUACUACAGAAAGCCAUUGAUAUGGUAACAAAAGCAACUGAAGAGGAUAGAAAUAAAAAUUAUGAAGAAGCACUGAGGCUGUAUGAACAUUCAGUGGAACAUUUUUUACAUGCUAUUAAAUAUGAAGCACAGGGUGAUAGAGCAAAAGAUAGUAUUCGCACUAAAUGCAUGCAAUAUUUAGAUAGAGCAGAAAAACUUAAAACUUAUUUGGCUAAAAGUAAAAAGAAACCAGUUAAGGCUGGGGAAGAUAGUUCCAAAAGCGAAGAUAAAAAAAGUGACAGUGGGGAUAGUGACACAGAUAGUGAUCCAGAAAAAAAGAAGCUACAAACUAAAUUGGAAGGAGCCAUAGUUAUAGAAAAACCAGAUGUUAAGUGGAGUGAUGUAGCUGGUUUGGAUGGAGCUAAAGAAGCUUUAAAAGAAGCAGUAAUAUUACCUCUUCGCUUUCCACAUUUAUUUACAGGAAAAAGAAUACCAUGGAAAGGAAUACUGUUAUUUGGUCCGCCUGGUACAGGAAAGUCUUAUUUAGCAAAAGCUUUGGCUACAGAAGCAAACAAUUCCACUUUUUUUUCUGUAUCUUCCUCUGAUUUAGUGAGUAAGUGGCUAGGUGAAUCUGAAAAGUUGGUAAAGAAUCUUUUUGAAUUAGCUCGCCAACAUAAGCCCAGCAUCAUUUUUAUUGAUGAAGUUGACUCUUUGUGUUCUUCAAGAUCAGAUAAUGAAUCAGAAUCUGCAAGAAGAAUAAAAACAGAGUUUUUGGUUCAAAUGCAAGGUGUUGGCACAGAUAAUGAUGGUAUCCUUGUUCUUGGAGCUACAAAUAUACCUUGGGUCUUAGAUUCUGCAAUAAGAAGACGAUUUGAAAAAAGAAUUUAUAUUUCUCUACCAGAAGAACCCGCAAGAGUAGUUAUGUUCAAACUACAUUUAGGCAACACUUCUCACACUCUAGUCGAUGAAGAUUUUAAAAAAUUGGCAUCAAUGACGGAAGGUUAUUCUGGAGCUGAUAUCAGCAUUAUAGUAAGAGAUGCUCUUAUGCAGCCUGUAAGACAAGUUCAAACAGCAACACAUUUCAAAAAAGUUAGAGGACCAUCUCCUAAAGACAACUCAAUUAUUGUUGAUGAUUUACUAACUCCUUGUUCUCCUGGAGACCCAGCAGCAAUUGAGAUGAAUUGGAUGGAAGUACCGGGUGACAAAUUGUUUGAACCACCAGUAACAUUAAAAGAUAUGUUGAAGUCUCUGAGCACCACCCGUCCAACUGUAAAUGAAGAAGAUAUGAGUAGGCUUGAUAAAUUCAAAGCAGAUUUUGGUCAAGAAGGUUGACUUAAUUUCUAGUGAGUGAAUUUAUAAAAUAAACUAAAAAAUUAAACACAAUCGCGCUUGCCUUAUUCCUAUUUUCGAAGUAUUCAGUGCAUCUACAACGAAAAUGAGAAUGUUCAAAGGGUUUGUCUGAUAGCAGAAGAACAUCUAAGAUUACCAUAAAAUGGCUAACUUGUUAGUAAUUUGAAGUUGUCAUCGAUGGCAAUGAAUUUAUAUUUUGAGACACUAUUUUUAGAAUACCAGAAGCUUGACGAACAUGUUAUUUUCUGUAAUUAAGUCAUUAGACUUGCUAAAGUGACAUAUGCUCAAAUUUCAUUUCUAUGUACACAUAUCGUUAAUUUUUAUGUUUAUCAAAACAAUAACAUUUUAGUUUCUGUUUUAAUGACAUAAUAUUUAUUAUAAGAUUGUAUUUAAAAUUUUUAAUUUACUAAAGAGCUUUUUUAUUAUUCUGCAUUCUUAUUUCAUCGUAUAAUAUGAGUGGAUACAAAAAUAUAAAUUUUAUAAAUAUAAAUUAAGCUGUGGAAUUCAUUGAGUAAUUGAUGUAUAAAUUCUUAUGUAUGUAAAUUAUUUUUAUUGUUAAUCAAAUAAAUAACAAGCUCUACAUAAUAA